AUGAUAUCUCCUAAGUUUGCGUCAACCCAUUAUUAUCACUCAGCUCGUACAUUAGCUAGUGGUAAAUCUUUCACCCCACACGUUGUUAAUUUGUAUUUGGAUUACAAUUGUCCUUUCAGUGCUAAAUUAUUUUUGAAGUUAAAGCCACAGGUUAUCCCUCAAUUACAAGAAUUACAUCCUAACAAGUUUCAAUUUGUCUUCGUCAACGUUGUGCAACCAUGGCAUACUAAUUCUAAUCUUCUUCAUGAAUUCUCAUUAGUUGUGGCAAAAUUAUUGAGAGGAAACUUAGAAAAAGACAUUGAUAGCAACACGCUAUUCUGGGAUGUCUCUGAAGUACUUUUUGAAAAUAAGGAGUUAUUCUAUGAUACUGCUAAUGUUAAUUUAAACCGUAAUGAAAUUUAUCAACAAAUUUCCGAUUUAGUAUUUGAGAAAUUGUCAUUACCAUUUUCAAAGGAUGAUGUGUUGAAAGAAUUGACGAUUCAGAGUGAGACAGAAAAAGAAAAGCAAAGCAAUUCAGGCAAUGGGGCUACUGUUGAUUUGAAGUAUUUUACUAAAUACUUGAGAAACGUUGGUGUUCAUGUAACUCCUACAAUAAGUAUUAACAAUAUAGUUAAUGAUUCGGUUUCAAGUGGAGAUGAAAUCGAGAAUCUCAUUAAGACAUUUGAAAGUCAAUUAGAGUAA